UCUCAUUGGCGAACCCCCCUACUCCAACUUCACUGACAAUCAGAUCCCUUUUGCUGUCGCAUAUUCCGUGCGGCCCUAUGAGUGGGAAGGUCUUGAGGAAUUCGAAGGCUCUAUUGCUGGGUGCUUUGCGCAUCCUCCACACCACCGAAUAAGCAUGAAUAGGGUGUGCGAUACUCUCGACAGAAGAAACUAGGGCCGAAAUGUCUGAGACGUCCACCGGAGGUCGCCAGGGGGGCCGUGUCCUCCGUAGCGGAUUCUUCGCGUCAGGCGACCCAACCCCAAAGAUUUGGGCUCCAGAUGCGCAGCAGCUCGUCAGGCCCGAGCAAUCGACGGGUUCAGGUGCCUUCGUUGACAUGGAUCACGAGCUCCAUAGUGAAAGAGAUGCGAAGGAUGUCCCCCAAGUUGGAGCCUCCAUUCCCAGGCUUCCCUCCACCACUCGUUAUGCAUUUCUCCCCACGCCGGUAUACCAACGACUGGGCCAUAAUGCCAUAACGCUCGACGAACUACAGCGAAAGUUGAAUUUCGAGCUUCGAUGGGAGGACCAGUCGUUCCGAGAAAUGGGUGGAAAGAUUGUAUGGUACUCGAAUGUUUACAUUGGCGAUGUUCUAAGAGGGACGGGUCAAGCAAGCAAGAAGGGCGUCGCUCGAGAUCAGGCCGCGUAUCAUGCCUUGUUGCACCUGGACACAAACUAUGCCACCGGUCAACUCUAAACCAGCACCGCUCCGUCUUAUUCAUGCUUUGGCUCUGAUCACCGUACUUCUCCCACAAGCACGAAGAACAUUAACUCGAUGCAUGUGCUCCCCUUUUAUCGCAGUACUUACGUAGUAU